GAAGAUGGCGGAUGACAAGGAUUCUCUGCCCAAACUUAAGGACCUGGCAUUUCUCAAGAACCAGCUGGAGCACCUGCAGCAGCGUGUGGAAGACGAAGUCAACAGUGGUGUAGGCCAGGAUGGUUCGCUCCUGUCCUCCCCAUUCCUCAAGGGCUUCCUGGCUGGCUGUGUGGUGGCCAAACUGAGGGCAUCAGCAGUAUUGGGCUUUGCUGUGGGUACCUGCACUGGCAUUUAUGCAACUCAAGCAUAUGCCGUGCCCAAUGUGGAGAAGACAUUGAGGGACUAUCUUCGAUCACUGCGCAAGGGGCCCGACUAGCUCUGGAUCCCAUGGGGGAGGCAGGAUGAGCAGCUGGGGCCUGCAGGUGGAGACCUUUCAACCGCAGAUGCCGUAUCUGGCCUCCCCGGCGUUCACCCAUUUGCUGUCUCCAGCUUUCCCACCACCUUCAGCCUUGCUUCCCUCC